AGCAGCCCCAGCUAAUCCGGGCUAGCAGCUAACGGCUAACGGCUAGCUAGUGGCGCUAUGAUGGCGGAGCUGGUGCAGGGACAGGCCUCGAUGAACCAGCCGGGGCUGAAGUCUGACGGCCUGGCCGAUGUUUUACAGAGGGCCCGGCAGAUGGUGGGGAAGAUGGGCGGAGAAGCAAUGUCUCACCUCAACAGCUCCUCAGGAAGUGUCGAGCCCUCGCUGUACUACCCCGGGCAGAAACGACCAGGAGAGGACGGAGUAGGUAACCAGCUAGCAGCCAUGGGCCAUCAAAGGGUAAUCACAGAGGAUUACAAGGUCCCCGACAGAAUGGUCGGCUUCAUUAUUGGAAGAGGAGGUGAACAGAUCACCAGGAUCCAGUUGGAGUCUGGCUGUAAGAUCCAGAUCGCUGCAGACAGCGGAGGUCUGAUGGAGCGGCCAUGUUCCCUGACUGGAACUCCAGAGAGCAUCGAGCAGGCGAAGCGGCUGUUGGUCCAGAUCGUGGAUCGCUGUAGAAAUGGUCCAGGUUUCCACGGCGAUGGUGAAGGCGGAGCCUCUGUGCAGGAGAUGCUGAUCCCGGCCAGUAAGGUGGGGCUGGUGAUUGGCCGAGGAGGAGACACCAUCAAACAGCUGCAGGAGCGAGCGGGGGUGAAGAUGAUGAUGAUCCAGGACGGUCCGAUGCCAACGGGCGCUGACAAACCUCUCCGCAUCUCUGGGGACCCGUACAAAGUGCAGGCAGCGAGGGAGUUGGUGUUGGAGGUGAUCAGAGAGAAGGACGGAGAUUUCAGGUCGGGACGCAACGACUUCAGCGCCCGCCUGGGAGGAACCAGUCUGGACGUCCCAGUCCCCCGGUUCGCUGUCGGCAUUGUGAUCGGCAGGAACGGAGAGAUGAUCAAGAAGAUCCAGAAUGAUGCAGGAGUCCGAAUCCAGUUUAAAGCAGUUCCUGUCUGUUUGUCCACAGGUGGAGAAACCAUUAAGAGUAUUAACCAGCAGUCUGGAGCUCACGUGGAGCUGCAGAGGAACCCGCCCCCCUCCACCGACCCCAACACCAGAGUCUUCACCAUCAGAGGCACCGCCCAGCAGAUGGACCUGGCCCGCCAGCUCAUAGACGACAAGAUCGGGGGUUCAGGUAUUAUGAGUAACGGAGGGUUUGGCUUCAGCCCCUUCACCCAGGGCCCCGCCACACACCAGAACUGUGGCAGCGGUCAGACCUUCCUGACUGGCGUUUGGGGAAACACCUAUCAGACCAGCUGGCAGAACCCUGGACAACAAGACCCUGGUCACAGUGUGGCUCAGACAGGACAGAUGGACUACUCUAAAGCAUGGGAGCAGUACUAUAAGAAGCUAGGUCAGCAGAGCCAGCCGCAGAGCUUGAUGACAGACUACAGUAAGGCCUGGGAGGACUACUACAAGAAACAGAGUCAGUCGUCUCAGCAGAGUUCGGUGCCAGACUACACUGCAGCGUUAGCAGAAUACUACAGACAGCAGCCCUACCUGUGGAACCCCGCCCAGAUACAGGAUCACUAGAGGCUCCUCCCUCAUCGGAUGGUCGUCGACGGCAACCGAAUCGGGGUUUCCUAGCAACGCUCUGCCGCUUCCUCCUUCCUUUUGUAGAGAAAAACUAAGGAUUAACUGAAAAAUCACGAACUCUUUUCUUUCUGUUUUUUAACCUUACAAAGUUGAUAUUUUGUCGGGCAGAUUUUUUUGGACUAGCCUCUGGUCUCUCCACAGUGUAGACCUGGUUUUUCUUUUUGUUUUAUUUUUUAUCAAACUUGAACUUAAAGAUGUAUCAGUGUGGCUUUGAACAAAAAAAAUCCAGUAUAAUCUAUAUUUUGUCUAGUUUAUUUUCCAAUAAGAAAACGGUAUAAGGCUUAGCAGUCUUGAGUAAGAAAAUCAGAUAUUAUUAUUAUUAUUUUGUUUAUGAUAAUGUUUUAAAGCAUGCGUCAGAUUGUGUGUGUUGACUCUCAGUUAUUAUUUUUUUUUAUUUUGGCAUAGAAAUAUUUUAAUAGCGUCAGAUGGAAAUUCAAUGUUUUACCGUCAAAGACAAAACUGUUUUUUGUACUAAAUUUGUGCUCGCUGGGUCUGUUUGUUCUCUAUCUAAUUUUACCUGUUUAGUCGCCAUCUUGGAGGUGCAAUGACGCGUUUGUUUUCUUUUGGUUUGAUGAUAGUUCUUAUUCCUGUAUCUUUAUAGUGAUUCUUUAGUUUUUAUGAUGUAAUGAUGAAUAAAUGACGAUUUAUAUUGCGUUGUCUAAAGCCAGAUCUCUCUGUGGUCAAACAGUUUGUGUCCUACACAGGAUUUAAACCUCCAGCCGACACCGCGUUUCCCCGCCUCAACUUUCAUUACAAAAACUGGGGAAAAGACUAUUUUCUUACAAAGUGAAACUUUAUUAUUGUUGUUGUAUCUUAGUUCUGCAUUUCUACUUUGCUGAUGUGUUUGUAGAAGAAGUGUUAGGAGCUGAACAAUGAAGUUAUUGAUUCUGUUAGCAAUGUAGUGGCUAAACUAGCGUGUUAGCUAAACGCGCUAGUUAGCUCAACGAACGAUGUUUGUUAGCAAAAAGAUGUGCGUUACCUCAACUGUUUGUUAGCUGGAUGAAUGUGUGGUGGUUGAACUGUUUCAGUUAGCGGUGUUUUUUAGCUGAAAGGUGUCUCUUUGUGAAAAGAUGUCGUCUGAACAAUAUGUGUUAAUGUUAGCUGUAUGCGUUAGCUUAGCGGUGAAAGUUAGCUUUUACUGAACAUGCACAUUACAGAUUUUUGUUUGCUGAAUGAAAAUAGAGGCUGAACUGUUUCCUUUUGUUAGCAGAGUCUGCUGGUUGUGUCGCUGUAAGCUAAAUGUGCACUAAAUUUGCCACAGUUGUGACAUUUUACAACAUUGCGUGUUCAUGUCAGCCUCGUAGUUGUAAUUCUGGAUUGGAGAUAUUGUGAAUUUUGUAGAUCUAAGAUAUUCCACAUUAUGAUUAGAGAAGAGAAACAUUAAAUUAUUGUUCCAAAGAACCGUCACUACCAUUAACGUUGAAAUAUUCAAUUAACGUGAAUUUAUUCUUAUAAUUGGAUCCCUCUUUGCUUCCACAAAAUGGUCGCCAGUCGUCCUGAGGACCACACAAAAACAAUAAAAAUUAAAAUUAAAUGGUGUCAGUAAAAUGAGACACAUGUUAAAUGUGAAGUGAAACAAAACAAUGAAUAAUAGUGUAAUAAUUAAUUUUCACAAAACGCAGCAAUACAACAAAACAUACUUGUAAAAACAAAAGAUUUCAAAACAUCAAUUUUCGUUUCUGUGACUUUCUGAACAAAAAUCUACUUUAAGUUGUGUGAUAGCAUCUAAUUUUACACAAUCUGUCGUAACAAUGUAAAACAAUAGGAAAAUAGCUUAUUUAGGCUUCUAUCCAUUUACCUACUGUAACGACAUGGCUAACAAAGGGAGCAACAACCUUGUAAUAAUUUAAUUUGAUCCCUGAUUCUCCCCACAUGGCACGAUGCAGCAUUAGCUGAAUAUUCAGUAGCUAGUGUGCAGGCAAUAAGAACAGGCUAGCUAAACUACACGUUAGCAAAACUGUGUUUAGUAGCUUAAUGGUGCUGAAUGUGCAUUAGCUAAAUGGUGCAUGUUCAUUAGCUUGAUUAUUUUGUGUGGUAACUUGUAGCUAAACUUGUGUGUUAGCCAAACGGUGUGUAUGUUAGCUGUAUGUUGUGUGUCCGUUGAGGCUAGAUAAGAUUCACGAAGAAAACGUCAUGGUAAUUUUUUAUUCAAAUGGAAACGGGGAAUUUUUUGCUUUUCCUUAUCGGACCCACCUCUGAACGGGAUUUUGGAUUUACCAGUUAGCUUGUUUAAAACGUGUAACACUUGCGAACAUGCACAUUUGUGAUUUUGGAGAUGUUUUCGUGGCUGUUUUUUACAUGUAUGACUGUGAAAGUAUUUUUUAGCUUUUCCUUACCAACAGGAUUUUUUGUAAAUCUACGAAUCAACUUGUUUAUGUUUAGAAUUUGUAAAAGUUGCUAGUUAGAAUACAGUUACCCAGAACAUCGUAAAUUCACAGAGACGUUUUCGUAUCUUCGUAGAGAUGUAAUCCAGCCUGAGCUGUAUGUAUGUAUGUUAGCAUCGUGGGUCGUAUGUCUGGUGUGUUUUUUGUGCAUCAGUUGAGCGUUGUGUGUUUGUUACCGGAGUGUUGUGUGUUUGUUGUCUGAGCAUUGUGCGUUUGUUGUCUGUGCGUUAUCUGAGCGUUGUGUGUACGUUAAAUGAGCAUUGUGUGUUAUCUGAGAGUUGUGUGUUUGUUAUCUGAGCGUUGUGUCGGACCACAGAGAGGUUUGUCUUGCGUUGAGGGAGAUCUGGCGGUUGUUGAGUUGAAUAUUGAAUCAGUGGUUCUGCUUCUUCUUGUAUGUGUGACGAUGAUGAUGAUGAUAAUAAUAAUGACGACGAUAAUAAUGAGUUCUCCUGUACAGGGGUCUAUUUAAAUCUCUUUAUCCAGUUUUGAAUAUUCAGUUUGUGGAUAAGAUAAUAUGGUUUGUGUAAAUUUCCACUCUCUGGCGGGUGCUCUCCAGUUAAACAUGUACUUUGUUAAAAAUGAUAUUGUUUAAUUCACAUGUUGUGUCUAACCGAUUUGCAAAGAGAAGCUGAGUAUGUGUUAUUUUCUCAAGACUGCUAGGCUAACUGUCUCUAUCUCUUCUUGUCCGUCUGUCUCCAUGCGUCUGGAAUUCGCCACAUUUAAAAAGUUGGCGACUUUUCAACACGUCUGUAAUCGGACCAUGUGAUUACAGCUGAGAGUUAUCGUCGCAGGCGUGUUGAACAGUCCCACAGCUCGUUAACGUGGCUGCUCCGAGACGAGGAGAGCUGUAGUGAGGGGGUUUUACUCCCCGAAAAAUAAUUAUAAAUCACUGGAGUGGACGGUGUCCUGGAGUCCAGCCCCAGGUCAAGCUCAGUGUGGACUGUUUGAACCCGCGUUGGGUCCAAACCAAUCACACCGAGCCUCUGAGACAUCCCAGAACCAGGACUGGACACGACGUCACCCGUCCACUCUGGUUUAGAUCUUCCUAGUCCCGACCCCUCGUCCUGCAGGGGUGGCGGGGAGCUUUUUGGUUUCUUGGUUUCUGUUGUUUUUCUAAUGGACAGAUGUCCUAACUGUAACCUGCAGAUUUUUCUAUUAGAUUCUAUUGACAGAUAGAGUUGUGUAUGAACCCGAGCCACAAGACUGUCGGUGGCCGAGGAAGAGGAAGAUGGAUGAUGAUGAUGAUUAACAUGAGGGCUAAUAAACAGGCUCAUUCUUUCUGA